CAACCAAAUAAGUACCAUGGCUAAAUUAAUGAAGAGAAAAGAGCUUGAGCAGCAUCUACAAGAUCUAGAUGGAUUUUCAAAGCCAAAAAUCCUUCUUGAGCAAUAUGAAACAAGAGCUCAUAUAGCUGCUUGUAUGCUUCACACUAUUGAAAGUGCCUAUGGAGAUUUGUGCCAGAAAACUGUUCUAGAUCUAGGAUGUGGGUGCAGUGUCUUGGGAGUUGGAUCAGUGUUACUAGGAGCAUCCUAUGUUUUAGGGGUGGAUAUUGAUGAAGAGGCAUUGCAAAUCUCAAAUUCAAACAUAAAUCAGUUUGAGUUAAAUGAAGUUGAUUUGCUACAUGCAGAUGUGAAAAUUUUACCUCUGAUUUUGGGAGACAACAAAAAAUUUGAUACUGUUGUCAUGAAUCCCCCUUUUGGAACAAAGCAUAACAAGGGAUUAGAUUCAUUGUUUUUAGAAAUUGGACUUCAGUGUUUGAGUGACAAAGGAGUAUUGUAUUCCUUACACAAAUCGUCGACACGCGACUAUUUUCACCGGAAAGCGCCUAGUUGGAAAGUGGAUGCCCGCGUUUUGGCAGAACUGCGAUACGAUUUACCAGCUACGUAUAAAUUCCAUAACAAGACUUCUGUUGACAUUGAAGUUGACUUUUGGAGAUUUGAAAAGAAAAAUUAAGUGUAUUCCAGCUCACACACACACAAAUAAUAAUAAUAAAUGACGGCAAUCACAUUCGA